CUAGCGUGUGUCCAUUCGACAUUCCGACCUCCAUGAGAGAGCUAUGCCAUGCCGCUUUGGGCAACCUUCCUCCUAGUUAGAGGCCAUCCUGCGGGCCAGGUCUUGCUCGAUCCUGGAACAGGGGACGAGAGCCUACAGGCCUCAGAAUGGGUGCUCGGAAUAGUCCAGCCAAUCCUAGAUCCCGGUCAAGCAGGGUUGGACCUCUACCCGCACGACUCUGUUAACCUCCUCUCCAAACGAAUGGCUCACGGCUACUCAUUAAGAUCUGGUAUAUAUGGUGGUGAAUCUCUUCCUCACCCAUCUUCAGAAAGACUCCUUCUCUAUCACCACUUUCUUUUCCUUAAGGUGGACAUUACUGUCGCUUCUUUCUUAUUUGGAAGUCUAGGUCAUUCGUUUUCCUACUUCCGCCCUUCAUUUUCUUGUUAUAUACAGUAAUUAUAAGAAGAACCACAUUCUCUACAAGAAUUUCUCAACCA